AUGUCGGACGCCCAGCUCACAGGAGACAGAAUCAACGAGGAGCGCGCCUUCAUCAAGCGCUACACUGAGGGUCUCGCAUCCCGUAAACUCGAGUACCCCGCGGACUAUGCUACUCCUCCCGACGAGCGUCCGAGAAAGAUACCGGCUGUCGCAGUCCCUGUCGCUGCCCCGCCUGUGAGCGAGGGCAUGGACGUUGAUUCUCCUGCACCAGACACGAGCAUCAGUUUGACCAUCAAGUCUCUCAAACCGUCUCUCACCAUCCCCGUCACCGCCCAAUUGACAGAUACUGUGGCCGACCUAAAAGCCAUCGUCGCCAGCUCCUCCUCUUCUGCACCUGCUGCCGACUCCCAACGGUUGCUGCUCAAGGGCAAAGCUUUGGCGGACAGCAAGCUCCUCAAAGAGUACACUAUCGAGUCUGGUGCGACUCUGCACCUCAUGAUCAGUAAAGCCCCCUCCACCCCUUCCCUGUCCCCCCCACUCUCCUCCUCGGAAGCUACCAUCCCCCCACCUUCCUCCACUGCCCCCAACCCCCCAUCGCUCACCAUCACCACCUCCAUCGACGACGCUUCCAAAGCAGGUACCUCCAUGCCUCUCACCGUCGCCGACCAGUCUGCGGCGCCAAUCGGUCCCCAGCCAGAAGUGUCAUCUGCCACUUUUCAUACGACAGUGUCUGAGCCCCUGUUCUGGCAGCGGGUGCAUGCGCUUUGUAUUAGCGAUUUCGAGACGGAGCAGGAGGCGAAUCUGGCGUGGGAGACAAUGUUUGUGAGCUUGAAGGGGAGGCUGAGUGCGAGCGAGGUGGCAAAGAUCAGGGAUGUGGUGGGUGUUCUGGGGAUGAAUGGGCAAUAA